AUGACAAGAUACGAACUCUACUACUUUGAUGGCCGUGGUAGAGGCGAAGUGGUUCGAUGGAUGUUUCACUAUGCUGGACUUCAAUUCAUCGAUCACAGAGUGCCUCUGCCUGUGUGGGAAAAAUUGAAGGGAGAUAAGGAAUGUGAGAUUUUAUUUACAAGGAUAUAUAGAUUAAAAAUUGAUCUAAAUUUGUGCCAAGUUUCAUCAAAACUGAGCGUCGCACUUGGAUUAAUUCACUUGUUGAAUUGCACCUUGAGCCCUUGGAAAUUGUUCGUCAUAGGCUGUUUUUUUUUGAGCGGGAGUUUGUUGUACAGAAAUACUAUCUUUUCUCGCCAAAAUCGAAAGAAGACGUAGUUUAGAACCUCUUCAUAUAAAUUCUAUUUUUUCAGUAUUUCCCUACGGAGUGAUGCCGAUUCUUUGGGUGGACAACGAGCGUAUUGCCGAAUCGCAUGUGAUCAAUCGCUAUGUCGCCCGACUGGCCAAGCUCGACCAUUCCGACGACCCAAUCGAUGCUGCGCAUUUAGGCGAGAUCUACGAACUUGGCCGCGCAUUUUACGAGAGCAUCUUCAAAUAUGUCCUCAUAGUUUGCGGUCGUAUUGCCGGCGACAAAUUGGAAGCGCAACAGGAAAUUCUAACACCAAAUGUGAAGAAGUAUUUCCCGUUAAUCGAGAAGCACAUAAAGCCAAAUGGCUGGUUCAGCGAGAGAGGAAUCUCGUAUGUGGACUUUUAUUGGGCCGCAAUCAUCGACAUGCUGAUGUUUUUGGCCAAGGAUUACACCGAGAAAUUGGAGAAGUCGGCGGCGUUAUGGAGAAGAGUUCAAGAGCUGCCACAGCUUCAAGAAUAUUUGAAAAAUCGGAAUAAAAUUGUGAUGGAUUUUUAUGGAUAUAAAACAUAG